UAAAUCGAGCUUUGUUGGUAUUCUCACCACUUUUGUAUAUACAAAGGAUGGUGAGUUCAGGUGACACUCAGGCCGACUGUCGAUCAAUCGCUGGAUUGGUUUCUCGUGCAGUUUGCGCUGGAUUUGUGGAAUUUCGCUCGAGAUGUAGUGAAAAAUGAGCAGCGGAAAGUGUCAGUGGAUCGCCAAGCAUGAAAUCUCCGCAGUGAUUUGCUGAGAUUGUGCAGAGAAAGACAGGUGGUUGUGCUGAAAAGUAGAGACUUUCACUGGUGGCGAAAAGUUUUUUGGGUGUAUUUGGGCGAGAAAGCUUUUCCAGAGUGUCUCUGAGAGCAAAUAUGGCGGCGGAGUCGUGCUGUCGCGCUCACUCGGUGUGCAAGUGUGCAGGUGGAGAGUGAGAUGCAUAGAGGAAUACUGUUUGCUUUUGAGCUUUCGGACUGUGAAAUUUCUUUGCGACAAAAAACUUGCUUCAAAGGCUCCAAAAUGAGUUAAAUCUUGCUGGGAGCUGUGAAAUUGUGGCCGAGAGAUCUUCAGCAAUGUUUUGCGUGUAUGGAGACGUGCGUGAGAGUGCCAGAUAGUCGGAUUUGGUGUCCCCGGAACCAUUGCAAAAGAAUUGUGUCUUCUGGACUGAAAGGAAUUUCCUCAGAGGAUCUGUAGUCACAGAGGGGAUUGAGCAGGUAACAGAGUUACCUCAACGCACUCACCUGAGGAGCAGGAGAAGUUUUAGGGGCGCCGACGUGGGGCGUCAUGUCGCAAGGCGCGGGUGGUGCUGGAACAACCGAAUUCCGUGAAUACCAGUGGGCGUACAACAUCAUGGACUCAUCACGGGUGUCCACAUGUCUGAUCUCCAUGCUCCUCAUCGUCUACGGCAGCUUCCGGAGUCUGAACAUGGAGCAGGAGGCUCGCGAGCGCCAGGAGAAGAAGCGCCAGAGCGAGAGUAUGAACAAUCUGUUGACUGGAGAGCCUGUUCAGCAGGAGACAAACAAAUUCGCCACAUUGGACACAAUGCAUGCCCUCUGCUUGCCUCUGGGCGCCUCAAUAUCGCUGCUGGUGAUGUUCUUCUUCUUCGACUCCAUGCAAAUGCUGUUCGCCGUUUGCACAGCGAUAAUCGCCACGGUCGCAUUGGCCUUCCUGCUCCUGCCGAUGUGUCAAUACAUCAUCCGUCCCUGCUCGGAUGGCAACCGGAUAUCAUUUGGGAUCUGCGGGCGCUUCACGGCAGCUGAACUCUUCAGUUUCUCCCUGGCGGUGUCGAUAGUGUGCAUAUGGGUGCUCACAGGCCACUGGCUUCUCAUGGACGCAAUGGGCAUGGGUCUGUGCGUGGCGUUUAUCGCAUUUGUCCGUCUGCCGAGCCUCAAAGUGUCCACGCUCCUCCUGACGGGCCUUCUCAUCUACGACGUCUUCUGGGUGUUCUUCUCGUCCUACAUCUUCAGCACAAAUGUCAUGGUGAAAGUCGCCACGCGACCAGCCGAGAAUCCCGUGGGAAUCGUGGCUAGGAAGCUGAACCUGGGCGGCAUCGUGAAGGAGCCGCCCAAGUUGAAUCUGCCAGGAAAGCUGGUCUUCCCCAGCAUCCACAACAACGGCCACUUCUCCAUGCUCGGCCUUGGAGACAUUGUGAUGCCGGGACUGCUGCUGUGCUUCGUGCUGCGCUACGAUGCGUACAAGAAGUCACAGGGCACUUCUGCCGAGACUGGAGUUCCACCGCCAAAGGGAGUCGGUUCUAAACUUACGUAUUUCCAUUGUUCCUUGCUAGGAUAUUUUCUAGGUCUUCUUACCGCCACAGUCAGUUCAGAGGUUUUUAAGGCUGCUCAACCGGCGCUCCUCUAUUUAGUUCCCUUCACGCUUUUACCUCUGCUAACGAUGGCAUAUCUCAAGGGUGAUUUGAGGCGAAUGUGGAGUGAACCGUUCAUAACGCAACAGUCUUCAAAACAACUGGAAGUCUGAGGAUAGCGAAUUAAGGAGUCACGAUGCAACUACUAGAGAAAUAACUCAUACUAUAGAACAAUGCACUUCAUUUGUUUGGGCGGAAGAGAGCGAGAAAGAAGAGAAACACAUUCAUUCAGUUCAUGUGUAUAAAGAAGCAUCCUUUUGAGGCAAUUUGUGCAACAGAAACGAGCUAGACUGCACUGAGCACAAUGUUGAUGGAAAGAGUCUGAAGAUUAGAGAUUUAGGACAUGACAUUUGUUUUCUCCAGUAACCUAAAUAAAAGUAUGUAACAGUUAGAUAUGUAGAUUUAUCGAUUACAUUAGUUUUAUCGGCAUUAUUUAACAUGUGCGCGCAGCCCCUGGUGUAGAAGAAAGAGAAAUUUUGCAAAUGUGGUUUGAAAAUUAAUGUACUUUUGGUGUGUAAAUGAGAAUCUUUUUUCUUGAUGAGUGGAGAAGAAGAAAAAAAUGAAGAAAAAAAAUCUAUAGAAUUGCAGAAAAAAAGAGAAAUUUGACAAGUUAUGUAAAAAGAGAUGAACAAACAACCGGUGAUAUAUUUAGUGGGACUUCAGAAAUCCGCAAAUUAAAGUAUUCAAAUGGGGGCGAAAAUGGUGAUUAAGUAAUAAAAAUAGAGAUACUAACUGUACAUGUUGCUUUUAUACGAUUAUGUAUGUAUGUAUGUAUGAAAUGAAACAGCAGAGAAAACCAACAAAAAAAAGUCUAGAUUUGUCUCACUGUAUAUUUAUGUGAAGCUUAUAUAUUGGAUGGAGAAGGAAAAAAAAGGAAAACUAGGAGAGUAUUUCAAAUCACUCAAUUUUAGAUUAUAUAAAAGAAGAUGAAAAAAAAACAUGAGAAUCAUCAAUCAUGAACGUAAUAUAUGUGUGAAAAAAUAGUGAUAAAAAGCAUAGAAAAUGAUUUUAGGAGUAAAAAAAUAAAAGUACCAUUUUUCUUCA